CAUGGAUGGAAUGACUUCUGGAGAGGUUCUGCAACCUAACAGGAAAGCCCUGCAACAGUUCCGUCUCCUGAAGAAAGGAGCUGAAAAUGACUGUCUUACGGCCGAGCUGAGUACAAAGAUGCAAGAGUUCAAAGAGAGGAUGGAAACAGUGGCCCAGCGCAGAGAGAAACUUUAUCAAAAAGAUCAGAAUAACAGGACUCAGGCUUAUGGAUUCCAAGUAUAUCUUGAAGAACAUGAUCUCAAAAAGAAACGUGCUCUUGAAAAAUACAAGUCUGAACAAGAAUACAAUGCUGUAAAGAAGCAAGAGAUACAUAAUUUGAAAAGAGAGCUUAAAAAACUGAAAAUUAGACAAAAGGAACUACAGAAGAAGCUAGACAAAUAUAAAAGUUAUGAACAUUUUGUGAAAAAAAUUGUCAACAUGUUACCACCAGAAUUUUGGGGAUAUCAGGAAGAUUCUGUGAUUAAAACCAUCACACAAAGGCAUAAGACCCUGUUCUCUGCAAAUCAGAGCCUGAAGAAGCAUUUGUUCACCCAACAAGAAAACAUUGAGAAAAUCCAUCAUGAACAUGCUGCCGUACAAGACGAACACAGCACCAUGAGAUUUGUGUUGAUUGGCAAAGUUUCUGAGCUCCAGUCAAAGUACAACAAACUGAAGGAAAGAAACACACAGCUGAUAUAUUACAUUGAUAAUAAAGAAGGCCUCACAGAUCAUCAGACCCGAGAAUUAAGCAGGAUGCUGGUAGGAAUCUCCAACAUGGCAGAGCACUGCUAUAAGAAGCAUUAUGGUCCUUUGGAGGAAAUGACUUUCCAGUCUAAGCUGAACAUGAUCCAAGAAUUCAUUUGUGAAAAAAAUGAGAUCAAAGAAGAAAUAAUGAAGCCAGAAGACUAUGAAAGUUCAUCCAGACUUUUUAAGAGAUUACUUCAAAACCAAAGAAGUGAUAACAAAUGAGGACAAUAUAUGAAAUAAAAGUCUUGCAAGAAGACAUGGAAUAAAGUACUACAUUGCAUGGGUACAUGGAAUGCUUUAUGUUGUAUGUAAGUCACACAUGGAUGCUAUUACUGGGGGCACAUGCACAUGGGUUCAGGAUCAGAUUGUUACAGGCAAGAACACAGAAAUACCACUUUUAUUCUUGUUUAUUAAGAAAAUAAUAAACAAAAUAACAAAAAUAAGCAGUUUAGAUAUCAGCCAAGCCUUCCCAGAAGCUGACAAGUACUUUUCAACUUCAGUUUUGCUGAUUGUUCUGCAUUCUUUUGUGAGUGAAUCUCCUCCGCCUUUCUCUAGGCAAGCAAAGCAUCUCAGCCUUGCAUUCUUAAAACAUUUUACUAGACUUGUGUCUGUUCUCAACAACAUUCCAAUGACGCACAUCUUUCCAGCAUAUACUGUGUGCUUAAUAAAUGGGUGUUCCUAACCUAUUUGUAUCUCCCUCCAGCCCCUGAUGACUAUUGUUCUACUCCUGUUUAAUAAUCUAGAUGUAAGGAAAGCACUUAAGUAAUUAAUUGGCACUGUACGAUCCACUCCCAGACUGAAGUGAUGACUGGCUGGUUAUUCUUUGACAGGUAAAUCGUUGAUCUUCUUAACUUCUGCCAUCUGCAACCCCAGCCAGACUCUGGGAUCAUCUAUCUGCUUGUUCCCAUGACACUGUUCCUCUUCUCCCAGGGGGUGCCCUCGAAUGCUUCAGUAAGUCUUGUCCCAGUCUAAGCCACUGUCCCAUACAUCCUAGUUAGUGGAAAGUGCUCCGUUCAGUUAAGAUUUCCCGGCCAACUUUAUUCUGGAUAGAAACCCACAGACCAGAGUCCAUUUUCAACAGCCCUUUUAACCACUGUAAGGCCACUAGCUGCCUGCCGGCUCCUCUAUUACACUGUUCAGUUCUCAACAUUUUUAAGUGAAUUCUAUAAUGCGUAGAAAAUUAUUUUAUGAGAUUUAAAAAUGGGAUAAAUGAAAUAAAUGGUCCACAGUGAAGCUAUUUAUUUAUGUUCAAACAUGCUGCCUAUAAAUAAUCUGAAUGAAGGAAUUCUCUUUCUUCAGUGCACCUUUAGGUUUUGCACUAUUUCAGUAAGGGUACAUUAACAGCAUGGUCUUUACUUAAUGUAAAGGUUUAUUUUUAUGUAGAUUAAAUAAUAAUAUAUCUUGUAAUGCUG